ACAUUCUGGACAUGGAUUCUCGUCGUGUUCCUCGCCAAAAGCCCCACGCCAAGAGAAAAGGUACCUACACAAAAGGGGAGCUGAUUCGGAACGACCCUGACCAUCAGAAAGAACAAAGAAAAGAUAAUGUUGGGGCACGAGUUGGACAACAAGAUAUGGUGCCCAGAGGUACCUGCAUGACCAUGUGCCCUACACAUGAGCUCCAGAUUAGGGAGUCGCAGAACCUCCUACAUCGCUUUGAGGUGCUCAUGGGCACGGAGAAAGACAGACGCCCCCGCGCUGAUCCACUGCGAACUGUUAAGGAGUAUUCCAGACCUGCAGCUGGGAAAGACUGCACCAAAUGCAGCGACCUCCGACCUCCGGCUGUGCUCAGGAAAACUGUGUGUUACCUAAUUGAUGAAAUUGCAGAUUCGCCUGAUCUACAUCCUUGGACUGAGGUGUAUAGUUUUGUGUUUGAUCGACUGCGCAGUGUGAAGCAGGACAUGAUCAUCCAGAGGGUCUCUGGGCCGGACUGUGUCGCCAUUUUGGAGCAGACCGUACGCUUCUUAAUAUAUGCCUCUUACCGCCUGUGCGGUGAACCACUGAGGCUUUAUGACCCCCGAAUAAACGACACACACCUCCAGGAGAAUCUGAGCUGGCUGCUGGACUGCUACAAAAGAGAACCCGGGGUUCACAUGAAUCAAGAAGAAUUCCUGGCCCUCAGUCUGCUUUACAACUUAGGUUCACCUCGCGCAAUGCUUCACAUCCUUGACCUACCACCUGCGAUUCGUGACAGUCCUGCUGUUUCACUUGCCACCUCCAUCAACCAGGCUUUUCUGGAAAGAAACCCUGUCCGCCUUCUACGCAUUGCCAGAAGGCUGAGCUUCCUGCAGGGUUGUGCUCUACACAGGCACCUGGUGUUGUGUCGAAGAGACUUACUCCUGAUAUAUAGUCAUGGAUACAGCAGCAAGAACUGUAGGUUUUCCCUUGAAAAGUUGUCUCAGCUCCUGGCCUUGGAUGUGACUUUAACAGCCCAGUUGUGUGAGAUGUAUGGCGUUGAGAUUAACCAGGACAGCCAAGUAGUGUUCACUAAGACGGCAUUCAAGGAGCCCAUUGAUGGCAGUCCCAGUUGCUCUCGCUAUCACAGCAUUGUGGCAGAGAAACAACGAGACCUCAGGGUUGGGACCAUCAUUCUGGGGGCUUCAUUCAUUUGAAAAUCUUAAAUAAAUUAUUCUUAUCAUGAAUAUUUAUUUUUCUUUUAAAGACUCUAAUUUGCUCUCUGCAUGUAUUGUGUUUUCAGGGUUUCAUA